UCCCUUGGUAUUCCCCGAGCGGUAAACAAACACAUCGAGGGAGAGAGAGAGAGUAGUGUUCUUCACUCCUUCUUCAACGGUCUCACUGUCACCAUCAUCAACUUUCUCUUUCGAUUCGGUUUAGGGUUUUACAACAAAUUGAGACUUAAUCGACAAUUAUCAAUGCCAGAAAAAAAGUCUAAGAAGCUCACCUUCUCCCAAAUUGACGCUAUUACUGUCGCUGAACGGUAUGAUCCAACUACCGUGUUUACUGUGCUUCAGGAAUUAUCACAUUACCCUGCAUGGAAGAAAUUUGAUUGGGAUGAAUUGGUGAAGAAAACCUCUUCUGGUAUUUCUAAUGCCAGAGAAUAUCAGAUGCUCUGGCGUCAUUUGGCGUAUCGGUAUUCCUUGCCUGAUGAUUUUGACGCCGAUGAUCCUAUGGAUGAUGACAGUGACCUAGAUUAUGAGCUGGAACCGUUACCUUCUAUAAGUGCCGAAUCUACACCAGAGUGCUCAGCAUGUGUGAAGGUGAUGAUAGCUUCCCGUACACUAAGUGAAUCUACCCCUAGUAGCUCUACAAUUGAGGCUCCAUUGACUGUAAAUUUUCCAGUUUGCCAUUCAUUUAUAACUCCAGGAGAAAUUUCACAGCCCUCUAAUUUGAUGGAACGGACAAGCAUUACGAUUCCAGUUACUGUUCAGAGACAGACACUUCCAACUGUAUCAUCUUCAGAUGCUUUAGAAACCAAAGGAACAGUUGGUGGUACCAUGGCUUCCAAAAGGAAAAGAAAAGCAUGGUCAGAGGAAGAGGACAAUCAGUUACGGGCUGCUGUUCAGAAAUGGGGUGAAGGGAAUUGGGCAAACAUAGCAAAAGGAGACAGCUUUUCUAUUAAAAGAAGUGCAACACAAUUGUCACAGAGGUGGACCACUUUACGGAAGAAAGACGGGAGUGGCACUUCAGGAACAGUCAAUUCAGGAACCACUGUGACCACCACCAACACACAGUAUACUGCUGAACAGUUGGCAACUCGUCACUCCUUAAAUUUAGCCCUUGACAUGCCUCCAUUCAAAAAGUUAACUGCUCCUGGAAUGACUGAUCCUGGUAGGACAUCCAUGUCAAUUAAUAAUCAACUGCAGUCUCGUAAUACGACACAAGUCUCCACAGUUCGUAGUUCUGUACCGCUUCAGCGUCCAUCUCAACAAGCUUGUGGUUCCUCAGCAAAACCCACAGUAACCUCUGGAAAUCCAGUACCAAAUGCUGCAAUUUCAGCUCGCGAGUUAAAACCUGCCAUUAUUCACUCUGGAGCACAAACUGCUUCACGACCAAAUGCAGUACCAAAUGCUGCAGUUUCAGCUCGCGAGAUAAAACCUGUCAUUAUUCACUCUGGAGCACAAACUGUUUCACGACCAAAUGCAGUACCAAAUGCUGCAGUUUCAGCUCGCGAGAUAAAACCUACCAUUGUUCCCUCUGGAGCACAAACUGUUUCACGAUCAAAUGCAGUACCAAAUGCUGCAAUUUCAGCUCGCGAGUUAAAACCUACAAUUAUCCACUCUGGAGCUCAAACGGUUUCGCGAUCAAAUUCAGUAGUACCAAAUGCUGCAAUUUCAGGUCGCGAGUUAAAACAUGCCAUUAUUCACUCUGGAGCACAAACCAUUUCCCGAUCAAAUGCAGUACCAAAUGCUGCAAUUUCGGCCCGCGUGUUAAAACCUGCCAUUGCUCACUCUGGAGCACAAACUAUAUCUCGAUCAAAUGCAGUACCAAAUGCAAAUGCUUCACCACAAUUAAGGGUCUCUCUACCAAAAAAUGUGGUACAUCCGGUGCCUGCUGGUAGUUCUAUGGCAAAGACAUCCAUUCCUGCUGGUUUGCCUUCUAACCAAAAGUCUCAACAGGAUAAACAUGUUUCCGCCGUGAAAGAACUGGAAAAAAGAGUUUCUGGUCCUGGCUCCACACCCAAAGAGAAGGCGAUAGAGAAAAAUGUGGUACACACAGUGCCUGCUGGUAGUUCUUUGACAAAGACAUCCAUUUCUGCUGGUUUGCCUUCUGACCAAAAGGAUAAACUUGUAACCUCUGUGAAAGAACCAGAAAAAAGAGUUUCUACAUUAGUUACUCAGAACCAGGUAGAUAACAAACAGAAUAAGGUGGGGCUAGAUUUAGAUAAAGCCAAAAGCAUGCCUAGCGAGAAAGUUUUGGAACAUAAAGUAGUGUCACAAAAUCAAGGAGGCAAUGGAGAGCAAGGAAGUGUUAAGAAUUCGAUUCAUAUCCCCAAGGCCACUGUGAAUGGAAAUAACAAUUUGAAUAAGGAAAGUCAAGUUCAAAAUCAAGACAAGACAAGUUCUAUUAGUGGAAGCUCUAACCAUCAAAACGGGAAUGAGAAACUCGGAAACUUGCAAAAAUAAGAUGAAUGCCGUCAAGGUUAGGAAGUGAUUAGUAAAAAUUGAAAACUGGUAGUGGUAUCUAGUGAUUUUAGGCAAAUAUAUACAUGCUGCUUACAUUAAUGUUUUGCAAUUUUUGUAAUAUUUU